GCUUUGCUUUUUGCGCGAGUGCCAAUCCUAAAUACAACAAUAUAAAAUCACUUUUGAUGUUAUUGCCGACAUUAAAAGAUUUCGGUUUUGGUCGUGUUUUGAUUUUGCAGCUUGAAAAACAGCAACAAUAACAAACGUACAAGCAAAAAAACGUCACCCGUGGAUUGCCUUAUUGCCUUUAAACACGAAAAGGUUAGACCCUUUUGAAUGAAACGGCUCGUAUGUAAUCUCUGCAAAAAAAAAUAAUAACAUAUUUUUGUGUACUUCGUAAACACUCCACGAACAAAUUUCAGUUUUUUGUAUUCUAUUUAGUGCAAAUCUUAUCAAAUCGGAAUUUGGCAAACAUGAGCCGUCGAAGACAUGCUAGCUCGUCCUCUUCGGAAGACAGCAGCAUAGACAGUGAGGAAGAGGCCCGCCUUCGGGAUAUCAAAGAACGUGAUGAGUUUUCCCAGCGCCUGAAGAAGAAAGAUGAAGAUCGAACACGGAAGGUGGUAGAAUCUACUAGCCGGAAAGCGUACGAAGAGGCUGCCAAACGUUUGAAGCUUGAAGCUGACGACCGGGACAAACUGCUACCCAAACUUCGCAUCCAAUCUCGCCGGCAAUAUUUGGAAAAACGUAAAGAUGACAAAGUGGCUGAACUUGAAGCGGACAUCCUUGAUGACGAAUACCUGUUUGAAGAGUCGGAAAUUACAGCUCGGGAACGUGAGGAUCGAGAAUAUAAGAAAAAUUUACUACAGAUCGCAAAGGAACAUGAGAAGGCACGGGAACUGGAACGCAUUCAGCGGUAUCACAUGCCAAAAGAUAUCAAGAAAGGUGAAAAGGAAGAGUAUGUCGAGGUGGACGAACGAGAAAAAAUGCCCAAUUCGGAACAGAAAAAAUGGGAAGCGGAACAACUGGCAUCGGCGGUGUAUAAAUUUGGCUCAAAAGAUGCUAAAGCCAGACAACAAGAAGAGUAUGAACUACUGCUGGAUGACCAAAUUGAUUUUGUUCAAGCUUUGCGUCUCGAUGGAACAAAGUCGAAGGAUGAUAAACCGCGGGUUACCGAAGCGGAGCGGAAAAAGAUGGAUAUUGAAGAAACAAAAAAGUCUCUUCCUGUAUAUCCGUUUAAAGAAGAUUUAAUUGCAGCAGUGAAGGAACAUCAAAUUUUAAUUAUUGAAGGAGAAACUGGAUCAGGAAAAACAACCCAGAUUCCGCAGUACCUAUACGAGGCUGGUUUUACCAACGACGGUAAAAAAAUUGGCUGCACCCAACCCCGUCGUGUAGCGGCAAUGUCCGUUGCAGCACGUGUCGCGCAAGAAAUGGGCGUUAAAUUGGGUAACGAAGUUGGCUAUAGUAUUCGUUUCGAAGAUUGCACUUCCGAAAGAACGGUUAUCAAGUACAUGACAGACGGUACGCUUCAUAGAGAAUUUCUCUCGGAACCAGAUCUUGGAUCAUACAGCGUUAUGAUUAUCGACGAAGCUCACGAGAGGACACUCCAUACGGACAUUCUCUUUGGUCUGGUGAAGGAUAUUGUAAGAUUUCGUGUGGAUUUGAAGUUAUUGAUAUCUAGUGCCACACUGGAUGCUGAAAAGUUUUCCGAAUUUUUUGAUGACGCACCUAUUUUUAGAAUACCCGGACGACGGUUCCCUGUUGACAUUUACUACACAAAAGCGCCUGAAGCGGAUUAUAUAGAUGCAUGUGUUGUAUCGGUAUUGCAAAUCCAUGCCACUCAGCCACUAGGAGAUAUUCUUGUUUUUCUAACAGGUCAGGAAGAAAUAGAGGCUUGUCAGGAAAUGCUACAGGAUCGUGUUAAGCGACUUGGAUCCAAACUAAAAGAACUGUUAAUUCUGCCUAUCUACGCUAACCUUCCGUCGGAUAUGCAAGCUAAAAUCUUCGAACCCACUCCUCCGAACGCACGUAAAGUUGUUUUGGCCACAAACAUUGCCGAAACAUCGCUUACCAUCGACAAUAUCAUUUAUGUGAUAGAUCCGGGUUUUGCAAAACAGAAUAACUUUAAUUCUCGCACAGGAAUGGAAACGCUAAUGGUAGUACCGAUUUCAAAAGCAUCCGCUAAUCAACGAGCUGGGCGAGCGGGUCGAGUUGCUCCUGGCAAGUGUUUCCGACUGUACACCGCUUGGGCUUACAAACACGAGCUGGAAGAUAACACCGUUCCGGAAAUUCAACGAAUAAAUCUAGGCAACGCAGUAUUGAUGCUAAAGGCAUUGGGCAUCAACGAUCUGCUGCAUUUUGAUUUUUUGGAUCCUCCGCCUCAUGAAACUCUGGUCCUAGCGUUGGAGCAAUUGUAUGCACUGGGUGCGCUUAAUCAUCACGGAGAGUUAACUAAGCUGGGUCGAAGGAUGGCUGAAUUUCCUGUCGAUCCUAUGAUGGCCAAAAUGCUACUGGCUAGUGAAAAGUACAAAUGUUCCGAAGAGGUCGUUUCGGUUGCAGCUAUGCUAUCUGUAAACGGGGCUAUCUUCUACCGACCGAAGGAUAAAAUUAUACAUGCUGAUACAGCCAGGAAAAAUUUCAAUCACAUACAUGGCGAUCACCUUAGUCUUCUUCAGGUAUAUAAUCAAUGGGCCGAAACGGACUUCAGCACCCAGUGGUGUUACGAGAAUUUCAUUCAAUUUCGCUCAAUGAAACGAGCGCGUGAUGUUCGUGAGCAGCUAGUAGGUUUGAUGCAACGAGUUGAAAUCGAAAUGGUCUCAGGUCUGCCAGAGACAAUCAAUAUACGAAAAGCCAUCACUGCAGGUUACUUCUAUCACAUAUCGCGCCUAUCGAAAGGAGGUAAUUAUAAAACUGUAAAGCACAACCAAGCGGUAAUGAUACACCCAAAUUCGGCACUGUUUGAAGAGCUUCCACGGUGGGUCUUGUAUCAUGAGUUGGUUUUCACCACCAAAGAGUACAUGCGGUCGGUCAUUGAAAUCGAAAGUAAGUGGCUGUUGGAAGUUGCGCCACACUAUUACAAACCGAAAGAACUGGAAGAUUCUUCCAACAAAAAAAUGCCAAAAACAGUUGGUCGGGCUACGCUAACCGAAGCGUAGCCACGUACAUUUCAUACUCGGUAAGUCAGCGAAUAUACAUUUCCUACUAUUAUUCUUCACAAAUACGA